AUGGUCAAACCUAACCCUUAUCUGCUAGGUCGGUACCUGGAUCCCUUAUUCGCCAUUUGCGUGGGAACAGUGAGCUAUUUCUCGUACGAAAGAAAAGCCGGGAGAGAAGAGGGUCACUCUUUGAAGCAGCUACUCAGUAAAAGAUUUGAGAGAAUUCGUGCAGGAAAGCAAUCGGGACAUAUAUAG